AUGUAUGACAACAUCUCUGAUUUCACAAGAUAUGAUGACGACCAUGACCCCGAACACGGUGAAGAAGAAGUUUUACAAACAUCCAUUAAGACAGGAAAGGUUUUAACACAAAGUCUCAUUAUUGACACCAAAGAUGGCGAAGUGGACGUUCUUCAAGAGCUGAAGAAAAAUACUUCUUCGGGAGGUGGUGGUAGGCAUGAACUUGAAAUAAAUGAGAUAGAAGAGAAAUUAGCCGAAAAAGCAGAUAAAGAACAUAAACACAAUAUCUCCGAUAUAAAUGAACUUCAAGCUACAUUAAAUAGUAAAGCGGACAAAAAUGAACUUGACGCAAUGAACAAAGUUUUGAAAUCUCAUAAACACAAUAUCUCCGAUAUAAAUGAACUUCAAGCUACAUUAAAUAGUAAAGCGGACAAGAACCAUGUUCAUUAUAUAAGUUCAGAUGAACAGAUUAUAACGGACUAUCAUGGAUAUUUAACACAGGAUGAAGAAGUGAAGACGAAAAAUGUUAAUGAAAGAAGAUAUAAAUUCAUUCGUGCUAAAGGUUAUGACAUACACUGUACUGUACAGUAUGACACAGGUAUAGCACCACAAACAUUUGGUUAUAACGCUGAAAUUUAUGCUUCAUACUUCUUUGUUAACGGUGUAUUAGUUGAACCAAGAUUUAUGUUAAGAGUUAAGGCAAAAAUAACUUUUGAAGAUGCUAUUAAAAGUAAAGCUGACAAAAAUGAACUUGACGCAACGAACAAAGUUUUGAAAUCUCAUAAACACAAUAUCUCCGAUAUAAAUGAACUUCAAACUUCUUUAGACAGUAAAGCAGACAAAAACCAUACACAUGAAUCCUUCACUACUGUUAGAGCUGAUGACAUAAUACUGAACUAUACCCUUGGUUCAAGUGCACCUUUAGAGAAUCCAAGUACAAGCGUAAAAGAUACACUAAACAAUUUAGAUAACAGUUGCAGGAAUAUCGAAGAUCAUGCCAGAAACUUUGAAGCAUACGAACUACCAGCAAUGUUAGAUAAGAAAGCCGACAAAACUUAUGUAGAUGAAAAUUAUGCAAAGAAGUCGGAAGUAAAUGCUGCGCUUAAUGGAAAGGCCGAUAAAGAGCACGUGCAUGAAGAAUUUCAAACAAUCAAGAUUAAAGAAAUUAAGGCAUGCAUCGAAAUAGUAACAAAAACAGGAAGAGACGGUGCAACUGUACAAGAACAAAGAAUUUAUCCUCCUACUUUUCCUAAUGGUUUAAUAACAAACAAUAUAAAUAUUGUAGAAGGCAAUAAAACUAUAAACGUUAAACAUGAACUUCUAACAAUGAAGGCCCAGAUUCUUGAAACCAUAUAUCCUGUUGGUUCUAUUUAUACGUCAAUGAACUCAACAAAUCCAGCAAGUGUUUUAGGUUUUGGUACGUGGGAACAGAUUGUAGAUAAAUUCCUCUAUUGUGCGAACUCUUCAAAGCAAACAGGUGGUUCGAAGAAAAUUAAAGAAGCAAACCUUCCACCGCACACUCAUACAGGAACUACAAACUUUUCUGGCGACCAUAGCCACUCAUUAAGAGACCACCCAUUAUACAACUCAGAAUAUGAAGCUGGCAAUGACGUUUUAUCUCCAUCUUAUAACAAUGCAGCAAAAAAGAUUUUUCGACCAACUGAACCAGGAGGAAAUCAUUCACACACUUUCACAACAAAUCCAACAGGCUCGGGUGCAGAUUAUAUGCCACCAUUUGUGACUGUAUUCGCAUGGUACCGAGUUCAAUGA